AUGGAACUAUUUCGUCAAUGUCUUCUAGAAAGUACAACAAAACAAUCGGAUUUAAUCGAAAUAUUCUCAGCAAUUGAUCGAGAUCAUUCAGGUCGUAUAACAUUUGAAGAAUUUCGUCAUACAAUUAAAUCUCUUAAACUUGGAAUUAAAAAUGAUGAAGAUAUUAAACAUCUUUUUCAACAAUUUGAUACAACAAAUAAUGGUCAAAUUGAUCUCGAUGAAUUUCUUAAACAAUUACGACCACCCAUAAAUGAACGACGUCAAAAAGCUAUUCUAAACUUAUUUAAUUCAAUCGAUGUUAAUAACGAUGGAAAACUAACUGUUUCUGAUCUUAAAACAAAAUAUGCUGCUCAACUCAAAGGUAUUAAGAAGAAAUCCGAUGAAAAAGUUAAUCAAGGACUGAAAAAUUUUUUAAAUAAAUUUGAUACUCGUGGUCAAGAAGAUGGUAUUAUCGAUAAAGACGAAUUUUUCGGAUUUUGUUCAAUGCUUAGCGCAACUAUUAAGGAUGAUAUCUACUUUGAACAUGUUCUUCGAACCUUAUUUAACUUUCAUUUCUAA